AUGGUCCUAGCACUGGGAGUGAUUAUAGUAGAAGGAUACGAUGCUACAGCUAUACAUGGAGAUUUCAAGUCAGAUGAGUCAUUCUGCGGAGAUAAUAACGCUCGAGGAGGUACGGAGAAGAACGAUUGUCCCAUAUUCAAAGAAGCUUAUCCCUGGUAUUUUACGUUGAUAUUCAUAACUGUUAUUGUGUUGGUGCUGUGUUCCUUCGUCAUGCUGCUACUGUUUGCAGAUUGGAUUUUGUUUGUUGUACCGGUAAGAAAUAUGUUAGUUUUAUAGUUGUUCAUAUUUUCAGGCACUGAAGUCAAAAUGAAAUUACUUUAGGUACUAUUUACAACACGAGCGGCCGGGUUGUAUCGGAUAUACAAACUCGAGCCACGAGAGUUUGUAUAUCCGAUACAACACGGACGCAAAUGCUGUCUUGAUGGGAACAAUCGCAUUCUUCAACAAUUUAAAAUAAACGAAUGAUAUUUGGUGAGAAAAUUGAACAUAAAGUUUAUGUAAAUCAGCAUAAUUUUGUAUCAGAAAUACAAACUCCUCCACGGUCAUGAUUUCUUUGUUUCUUUCAUGAAUUAUUAUAAUGAGUUUCACAAAUAUAUAUUGGAUAGUUGUAUCAGUUCUAAAUUGUUCUUCCAAGACUGGGCGUAUGGCGUUACAGAUAUUGGAGAAAUUCACUUAUAAAGGUGGCUAAAAUUUUCGGUCGAAAGCUCAAAGAAAAUUUUUCAUGUCCCCUAUAGUGGUCACAGAAAAUAAGAAAUUUUAUCCAGCCCUGUCAAUAAGAUUGAAUGCAUAUUCUACAGUACUCACUCAUAAAUUUUUUUGUAAUAUUUUCAGGAAAUGCCACAUGACCAACAGGCGUCACAUGAAGUUCCUCCACUGCAGCAGGAAAGAUAUGUCGCAGCGCCCACGGAACAAUAUCAGCGGACUUGGAAUUCUCAAUACGAUCAAAGCGCAAUACCAUUACAUCCAAUGUAA